GUUUCCACAUUUCCCCUGCACUCGUCGAGUUGAGUGUAACACACAACGUCACCUGCCACUUGUCUGUGUAAAGGAUGUAGAUAAGGCAGCUUCUAGCUCGGCCUCCAGUGCAGUCAGAGAGAGAGAGGGCGAGGUCCAGGCUUCAGAGCCGAAACAUGGUGAGGAUGACAUUGAAGAUGGCUGCUUUGUCUGGAGUCCCUCUGCUGCUGCUGCUCUGCUCCGUCAGCUCCUCCACAGAGUCUCAGCCCAAAUGCGACAGGUACGCCGCAAGAGGAGAGGCCUUCGCGGUGCCUCUGGGUCACCAGCUGAAAGACACAGAGAGAGUGAAGUGGAAGCAUGGCUCUGUCGUAAUCGUGGAACGAAGACCCCUGACUAACGGGGCAGGGGGGUACAACUUCAAGAGUGGGAGCAAAGAUGAUCUUUUUCCAAAUGGAUCCCUAACUCUGAGGAAUGUGAAAACAGCCAACGCGGGGGAAUACACCCCAACGGUUUACACAGGGGAUGGAAUAUCAGUACCAAACUUAGUGAGCGUACAUGUAUGUGUACUUGAUCGUGCCCCGCAGCCAACAUUGAAAACUAACUGUCUCCCAAAGUCAAAAGUCAAUCUGACUUGCGACGUUGGUAAGGCCGAGGGGCUCACGUUUGUCUGGCUCCAGAAUGACAAAGAGCUGCAAAAACAGAAAAGUCAGGUUUGGAUACUGGAGCUCAAAGAUUCCAAAGAUUCCUUCAGUUGCAGAGUAUCCAACGCCCUCGGCCCUAAAACCAGUCCAACUGUAACUGGCCUCUGCCAACACCCCGACGGCAUGUGGCAACUCAUCUGGAUCUGUGUGGGUGGUGGUGGAGGUCUCGUUCUCCUGCUGACAAUCAUCGUCAUCGUUUGCUGUGUCCGGGCCAAACGGAAAACAAGAACUCAGAAGAUCGAUGAGGAGGAGCUCCGCUUGAGGUGGGCCAACCCUGAGCAACAGCAGCACCAUCAAUGUCCUCAGCAUGGCCAUCCUGCCAGUCGUCGUCACCAGGGCCAGCACCAGCACCAGGGCCAGCACCAGCAUCAGGGCCAGCACCAGCACCAGGGCCAGCACCAGCAUCAGGGCCAGCACCAGCAGCAGGGCCAGGACCAGAAGCAGCAGCAGAAACAACCAGCCGGCCACACUGGUCCUCGCCAACAUCGCUCCAAACAGCAACGUCCCAGAGCCCCAGAGCCCCCCCUCAAUCACCCCCAGCCCGGCCCCAUGAGACCUGCACAGAACGCCAGAGCAGAUGUUAACGGAGAUGAAGAGCAGGCUCCUCCUCUUCCUAAGCCCAGGUCAAAGACUCCCAGGACACGAGUGUGACGUGAUGUGAGUGUCAGAGAAGAAGACCCGUCACUGUUUCUACCGCCAUGAUGUCAUCAGGAUGUGUUUUUUUAUCAGAUAAUCUCGAAAAGUAAAAGAGGUUCUCAAACUCAAACUUUCUGUAUUUAUGCCAUGUGCGAAUGUUACCUUAAAAUUAAAUUCUUCCUUUUCAGAACUAUGUUAGAUGCUCAGUGUAAUAUUUGAUUUGGUUUUUAUUCUCUUCUCUGUGUCAUCUUCCCUCUGGAGACACAAUUAGUCACAGCAGUUUUAAUGUACUUUUAAAACAAUUUUCUCCAUGCUGUUUAUUUUUUUAUCAUUUCUGUGUCUCAGUUUGACAAAUACAGGAACAUGACUCUUCUAAUGAAAUGUACUUUUUGUCUUGAACCCACCUGUACCUCCUUAUGUUGAUGGACUUUUAUUGAGAAACUGUGCGAUGAGGUCUUUUGGAAAAAUGCUGUUAAUCGUGCUGUGACUUUUCCAGUAAAGUAACAGCGGCUGAAA